UGGUCAUGAUUUUUGAUAGUUCAAACCGAUUUUGGUAACUAGCAAGCUAACUAGCAGUUAGCUACUGCACUCCAGACUCCAGACGUAAUCAUUGGCUGAUUAUGAAGCCUUUAUAAUCUCUUUCCUUCUGCAGGUGCGUCAAUUCAGCACGUCGGUUCUGCGACAAGCUUUGAUCAGGGUAAGAAUUAAGAAGUCAAACUUGAAAUUACCCUUGUUCUCUGAUCAGUGCAAUAUUCCGUCGAUGACGGCUCAUGUCCUUUGGUAAUAUGAUGUUCACGAACGCCACAGCUUGAGCAAUGUAAGUGGUCAUUGGCUCUGUGGUUCAAGUUCAUGGUUGGUUAUUGCUUAUGUUUGCGUCCGUUUUCUAUUUUAGCCCCCCAUCGACGUGUAUGGGGUCGGAGGCCGCUAUGCCACAGCCCUGUUCUCUGCUGCCAGCAAGCAGAAGAAACUGGAACAAGUAGAAAAGGAGAUGGGGACGUUGUCGGUGAGUUAUCCAAUACACAUCUCGCUCCUGUCUUAGUACUCUCUGUCCACUAGUGUGUACAGUGGGGGGAAAAAAGUAUUUAGUCAGCCACCAAUUGUGCAAGUUCUCCCACUUAAAAAGAUGAGAGGCCUGUAAUUUUCAUCAUAGGUACACGUCAACUAUGACAGACAAAAUGAGGGAAAAAAAUUCCAGAAAAUCACAUUGUAGGAUUUUUAAUGAAUUUAUUUGCAAAUUAUGGUGGAAAAUAAGUAUUUGGUCACCUACAAAAGUUUCUCAAUACUUUGUUAUAUACCCUUUGUUGGCAAUGACACAGGUCAAAUGUUUUCUGUAAGUCUUCACAAGGUUUUCACACACUGUUGCUGGUAUUUUGGCCCAUUCCUCCAUGCAGAUCUCCUCUAGAGCAGUGAAGUUUUGGGGCUGUCGCUGGGCAACACGGACUUUCAACUCCCUCCAACGAUUUUCUAUGGGGUUGAGAUCUGGAGACUGGCUAGGCCACUCCAGGACCUUGAAAUGCUUCUUACGAAGCCACUCCUUCGUUGCCCGGGCGGUGUGUUUGGGAUCAUUGUCAUGCUGAAAGACCCAGCCACGUUUCAUCUUCAAUGCCCUUGCUGAUGGAAGGAGGUUUUCACUCAAAAUCUCACGAUACAUGGCCCCAUUCAUUCUUUCUUUUACACUGAUCAGUCGUCCCUGGCAGCGUAGUGUGUUACUGAUGGUAGGCUUUGUUACUUUGGUCCCAGCUCUCUGCAGGUCAUUCACUAGGUCCCCCCGUGUGGUUCUGGGAUUUUUGCUCACCGUUCUUGUGAUCAUUUUGAGCCCACUGGGUGAGAUCUUGCGUGGAGCCCCAGAUCGAGGGAGAUUAUCAGUGGUCUUGUAUGUCUUCCAUUUCCUAAUAAUUGCUCCCACAGUUGAUUUCUUCAAACCAAGCUGCUUACCUAUUGCAGAUUCAGUCUUCCCAGCCUGGUGCAGGUCUACAAUUUUGUUUCUGGUGUCCUUUGACAGCUCUUUGGUCUUGGCCAUAGUGGAGUUUGGAGUGUGACUGUUUGAGGUUGUGGACAGGUGUCUUUUAUACUGAUAACAAGUUCAAACAGGUGCCAUUAAUACAGGUAACGAGUGGAGGACAGAGGAGCCUCUUAAAGAAGUUGUUACAGGUCUGUGAGAGCCAGAAAUCUUGCUUGGUUGUAGGUGACCAAAUACUUAUGUUCCACCAUAAUUUGCAAAUAAAUUCAUUAAAUCCUACAAUGUAAUUUUCUGGAUUGUUUUUUUCUCAAUUUGUCUGUCAUAGUUGACGUGUACCUAUGAUGAAAAUUACAGGCCUCUCAUCUUUUUAAGUGGGAGAACUUGCACAAUUGGUGGCUGACUAAAUACUUUUCCCCCACUGUAUAUACACUGUCUCUAUUAACUAGGGAAACAUUAGUUUGUUAGGCACUGUCUGUGGCCACUCAUUUUUGACCAGCUCUCUUUCUCUCCAUCUUUUCAUUCUCUCCACCAGGCUCUGAUCAAGGACCCCAAGCUGUCCAGUAUUGUGAUGAACCCCCAUGUCAAGCGCAGCCUCAAGCUGAAGUUCUUUGGUGACGCCAUGACUAAGGCGAAUCUCUCCCCAAUAACAGUUAACCUCAUCAGUGAGUCGCCCAGCCUAACUAAGUCAUACUGCACAGUGCACUCUUGUUCUGGAAACCGCUGUUGUGUAAGGAAAAUAAAUGGGGCAGGUUUGGGGAGGAUAACAUUGUUAUUCUGCUGUCAAGAGCCUCAUCUACCAAACUACUGCUUCAUUUCCUUGUCUUCUGACCCUCUGAAAUGUUGAAAUGGAAAAAGCUAAAUGGAUGUCACUCCAUACAGUGAGGGUAAAAAGUAUUUGAUCCCCUGCUGAUUUUGUACGUUUGCCCACUGACAAAGACAUGAUCAGUCUAUAAUUUUAAUGAUAGGUUUAUUUGAGCAGUGAGAGACACAACAAAAAAAUCCAGAGAAACACAUGUCAAAUGUUAUUUCCUCAUUAAAAUGCAAAUCAAUGUAUAAGUAUUUGACCCCUCUGCAAAACAUGACUUAGUACUUGGUGGCAAAACCCUUGUUGGCAAUCAGAGGUCAGACGUUUCUUGCAGUUGGCCACCAGGUUUGCACACAUCUCAGGAGGGAUUUUGUUCCACUCGUCUUUGCAGAUCUUCUCCUUAAGGUUUCGAGCCUGACGUUUGGCAACUCGAACCUUCAGCUCCCUCCACAGAUUUUCUAUGGGAUUAAGGUCUGGAGACUGGCUAGGCCACUCCAGGACCUUAAUGAGCUUCUUGCUUCUUCUUGAGCCACUCCUUUGUUGCCUUGGCCGUGUGUUUUGGGUCAAUGUCAUGCUUGAAUACCCAUCACGACCCAUUUUCAAUGCCCUGGCUGAGGGAAGGUGGUUCUCACCCAAGAUUUGACGGUACAUGGCCCCGUCCCUUUUGAUGCGGUGAAGUUGUCCUGUCCCCUUAGCAGAAAAACACCCCCAAAGCAUAAUGUUUCCACCUCCAUGUUUGACGGUGGGGAUGGUGUUCUUGGGGUCAAAGGCAGCAUUCCUCCUCCAAACAUGGCGAGUUGAGUUGAUGCCAAAGAGCUCGAUUUUGGUCUCAUCUGACCACAACACUUUUACCCAGUUCUCCUCUGAAUCAUUCAGAUGUUCAUUAGCAAACUUCAGACGGGCCUGUAUAUGUGCUUUCUUGAGCAGGGGGACAUUGCGGGCGCUGCAGGAUUUCAGUCCUUCGCGGUGUAGUGUGUUACCAAUUGUUUUCUUGGUGACUAUGGUCCCAGCUGCCUUGAGAUCAUUGACAAGAUCCUCCCGUGUAGUUCUGGGCUGAUUCCUCACCGUUCUCAUGAUCAUUGCAACUCCACGAGGUGAGAUCUUGCAUGGAGCCCCAGGCCGAGGGAGAUUGACAGUUCUUUUGUGUUUCUUCCAUUUGCGAAUAAUCGCACCAACUGUUGUCACCUUCUCACCAAGCUGCUUGGCGAUGGUCUUGUAGCCCAUUCCAGCCUUGUGUAGGUCUACAAUCUUGUCCCUGACAUCCUUGGAGAGCUCUUUGGUCUUGGCCAUGGUGGAGAGUUUGGAAUCUGAUUGAUUGCUUCUGUGGACAGGUGUCUUUUUAUACAGGUAACAAACUGAGAUUAGGAUCACUCCCUUUAAGAUUGUGUGCUCCUAAUCUCAGCUCGUUACCUGUAUAAAAGACACCUGGGAGCCAGACAUCUUUCUGAUUGAGAGGGGGUCAUACUUAUUUCCCUGAUUAAAAUGCAAAUCAAUUUAUAACAUUUUUGACAUGCGUUUUUCUGGAUUUUUUUGUUAUUCUGUCUCUCACUGUUCAAAUAAACCUACCAUUAUAAUUAUAGACUGAUCAUUUCUUUGUCAGUGGGCAAACGUACAAAAUCAGCAGGGGAUCAAAUACUUUUUUUCCCUCACUGUACCUUUUUGGUUUCAACUAGUUACCACAGACAAAGAGAAAUUGCGUAAAAAUGAAUGAAAACCAAAAUGUGAUUUUUGGUCAAUUUAAUGUUUGGGUUGGGCAUAAGGUUAGCAGUGUGGUUAAAGUUAGGUUUAAAAUCACAUUUUAAGAGAUUGUAGAAAUGACUUUGGCAAGUAGUGGCAACCUACCUUUUUUGGUUGGCUAGUUGUAAUCAUGACUAUAAAGUAAAUGUCAGCUAAGAGCAAUGCUUGCUACUCCCUAAUCUUAAUUAACUAGUGCUAAAAAGGAGAGAUUAGGAGAAUUAGAGUAUUUUGGCUUUUGUUAUGAGAACAUCCUCACCCUUAUUAAUGUUACUGAAUGAAAAUGCAGUUAGUGCAAAUGUUAGUUAAUUGUGGCUACUGGCUAGGCCACUGAAGUUUCAUUGUGCCCCUCUCUCCUGCUCAGCUGUGUUGGCAGAUAAUGGCCGCCUGACCGUGACCGCAGAUGUCGUUGGCGCCUUUGCAAAAAUGAUGAGUGCUCAUCGUGGCGAGGUCAUCUGCACUGUCACCACCGCACAUGUACGUAACACCACCAUACAAACACUGUUGUGUGUGUAUAUAGUUGUCAACCCAAGUGCCAUAUUAGUUAUUGUAGUGUUUGAUUUGAUCUUUGUGUGUGUGACACAGCCUCUGGAUGAGGCUAACCUGGCAGAUCUGAAGGUGGCUCUGAACGGCUUCCUGGCAAAGGGAGAGACUCUCAUACUCGAGACCAAGGUGAGACCCUUUGUGGCACAAUAAGGAUUUUUUAUUUAUCUGCCGUCAACUCCUGGCUGGGCUGUAAACUGUAAGAAAAGAAAACGAUAUACUGGUAUUUAUUCACAGACUGGUUUUUUUCCCUCCAGAGAUGUUUAAAUCAAAUUGACUUGUUGCGGCUAAAAGGCAGUGAGUGAUGACGUAGUGCACAUAAAUAACUUUUGCGGUUAAAUUCCCAUGUACUGAAUAGAAAAUACAAGUUAAAUAGGUUUCCAUCGCAUUUUAAACUCUACUGAUGGUUUUGUCACUUUUUUAUUUAUUUAAUUUUUUUAUAUUAAAGUGCCCACUUUGGUCUUGGCACAUGCGCUUUAGCCAACAGCUGAUGAGAUUAUUACUACUUUUUUUGUGAAGCAUUUCACUGUUAGUCUACACCUGUUGUUUUACAAAGCAUUUGACAAAUAACAUUUGAUUUUAUAUUAUGGACAAAAGAGCAAGAUGAUUUUUAUUUGUAAACUGCAGUCAAGCAUCGAUCAUCAUAUCACCAGAAUAAGGCCCACGAUAUUUAUCACCCUGUGAAGUUAAUUAUAAUUGAUUUCAUCUGUAGCCUAAUAAACUGCAUCCUUGCCGGAGUCAGUCGGAGGACCACACAACAAAGUUUAUUUCAAUAUGAUGGUUAUUAUAUCAAUAGUUGCGCAUAAAAGCGUUUCAACCACCAUUUCUCGCGUUAUUAAUUUUAGACACAAAAAGAUCCCACCUUGUCUAGUGUAUUUUGUUUUGUUGACAUUUAUUUAUUUAUUCUGCCUUCAGAAAGUAUUCACACCCCUUGACGUUUUCCAUAUUUUGUUGUUACAAAGUGGGAUUCAAAUGAAUUUGUCAUUUUUGGUCAACGAUCGACACUAAAUACUUGUCAGUGGAAGAAAAAUUCUAACAUUUUCAAAAGAUUUAUGGAAAAUAAAACUACACUGAACUAAAAUAUAAACGCUACAAUUUCAAAGAUUUUACCUAGUUACAGUUCAUAUAAGGAAAUCAAUCAAUUGAAAUAAAUUCAUUAGGCCCUAAUCUAUGGAUUUCACAUGACUGGGUAUACAGAUAUGCAUCUGUUGGUCACAGAUGCCUUAAAAACAAAAGUAGGGGUGACCAUUUAUUUAUUUAGGCUAGAACUCUUAUUAUUCAGAAACAUCAAAUACUGUCAAACAUGAGAAAAAUACUGUAUGAUAUUAUGUCCAUAUCGCCAAGCCCUAUCUAACACCUGGUAUAAACUAAGGAUUAGGAGUGUCAGGCUAGCACUAAUCUGGAACAUGCUGAUAUGCCUAUGGUUUGACUGGUGCUUUAACUUGUAUUACUUUUCUCUUCCCUCCAGUCUGAUGCCUCCAUCCUGGGUGGUAUGAUUGUCAGUAUAGGAGAUAAGUAUGUGGACAUGUCCACCAAGACAAAGAUCCACAAACUGACCAAGAUCAUCAGAGAUAGUUAAGUCCAUUGCCCCGUCCAGAGAGGCAUGGGGAUGUUUCUCUGCUUUCUGCCACCUAUACAGCGCUAUGUCCGCUAAAAUCUUGUCUAGUUGUGUUCGUAAUAAAAUAUUGUGUAACAUA